AUUUUUUAAUUGAUUCCUAGAUGCUCAAUUUGUCCCACAACAUUUAAAUAUUGCACAAUAUUAUUGAUUUUCACGGUUAUAAGUUACCAUUACAAAUCGAUGAUAAUACAUUGAGUGUCAUUUAGAGAGAAUAACUUAUAAAAUAAAUUUUGUUACAUUAAAAGUGAAUAAAAAGUAAGGCCGAUUAAAAGUUUUUUGGUUUCCAUAUAUGUGUUACCGUGCGUAAUAGCAUGCAUCUCCAUCAGAUGUGUGCUUCUUCCAAAUGAAAAAGAUUUGUGUAAACAUCACGUAAACCGUAAACAAUGCGUAAAAAAUACAUGUAAUUAUAAUCUUGAAAUAUAUAUCACCUGAUAAAAAACUGCUACAUUAUCUGUGUGAUAGAAGACACUUUCUUUCUAGUUUAUAUUUUCAAAGUUUUAUUUUUAGCUUUUGUUUGAGAAACAUUAUCUGGCAUAAAACAAAGUGGCAUAUCAAUAUUGUAACCUUCCUCUAAGUAAAUUUUUAAUUUAGUGCAAAAAUUAAUAGGUCAUCAAUAAGAUCAUUAAAAAUAACUAUUAGGAAUUAAAAAUUAACUUAUUUAAAUUAACCAAGUUCAGUUGAAGUUAUUAACUUUAUUAUUUAACUUUUAACUUUUUAAUUAAUUAUUACCCAACUCUGAUAACAAUGUUAUUCAGCGUCAAGAUUUUUAUUCAAUUUCUUUUUUACAAAUAAAUAAUAACUCCUCAAAAUUAUAUUUAAAAUAAUCUUAAAUGAUUAUUUUAAAUAUCAAUUGUUUAUUCGUAUGCGCGCAAACUCAAUCUGCAAUUCGAACAAUUCGAAAAUUUUCCUUCUUCAAUCUGACACUUUGGACACCCGAUUGGCCGAUUCGUUCGUUGGCUCUGACUUGUCGCACGUGACGCGAAGAAUUUGAAUUCAAAAACUUGUCAGCAGACUCGACUUCUCUUUAAUAAGACUAAGAAAUAAGAAUCGUUACAAAGAACAUUCACGGAAAGAAAGUCACUGCGAAUGUGAGGGAAACUAAGAUCGAAUAUGAAUUUGAAACACUCGGUAUAUGUGACGUAAAAAAAUUAUUGCACGCGUUAUCGCAGGACAAAUAUACAUUGUAAUUUUUUCGCGUCAAAAUUGGUUACUAAGAGUCGUAAUUUUAUCAAUUAAUCGUGAAGUAUCGUCCGAUAACGGCACCGUAGUAAAUUAACUUUCUUCCGUAACUCAAGCGAGAUGCAAAGGUAGUAAAUCAAAAUGGUACAUUCUUGCUUGCGACAUAAUGAUUUAAAAUGAGAGACGCGAGAUAAAGAGGACUGUAUUUCGCUCGCGACAAAUCGGCGAAACCAUGUUUCUGCACACAAAAAAGGAAAAUAUUGCAUCAUGUUAGUUAAGGAUAUACAUAUAAUGUGUUAAUAGUAUCUUAAAAAAAAAACUUAAUUAUACGAUUUAAUGUCAAUGCCUAUCAUGGUCCAUAUUUACGUAAACUAUGAACAAAGAACUAAGGAACAAAAUCAUAGUCUGUCCUAGUAUAUGUAAAAAAAAUCUAAGGGGCUGUGCAAUAAACGAAAUAGGGAAUAGAGUAAAAAACAAUUCGCUAUGUUAAACAAAGGAAACAUAUAAAACACUUUUUAUUCAACGUAUCCAACUGCUCCUUACCAUCUGUUCUUUAUUUUAUUUAUUGUGCACAGCCUCUAAAAUUUAGACUAAAGAACAAAUGAUGUUAGAGAAGCUUUUCUAUAAAAAUUCUUGCUAUAAUAAGUAAUUGCGAAACGCAUUUAUUUCUGUCAAUGCAGAUUAGCUUUAACUUUUGCUCAGUUUGACUUUUUUAUCUUUUUCUAAAAAUAGAAAGCUGAGAUUAAAAUUAAUUGAUAGAAAUAGACAUGAACUGCGCCUUACAAUAUUUUUCGUCACUUAUAACUAUUAACUUAAUAUUGUAUGCAUAUGUAGAAUGACUUUUAUAUUUAAGAAUUAAAAUAAAAUGAUAAAAUGACUCUACAUCAUGAUGCAAGAAGCAGAAAUUUUCCAGGGUUUAGACACAUUUGUACACAUUUCUAUUUCUGGCGGGGUCUUUGAUAUAUAAACCCAGAUAUAAUUACAUCGAUCCUAUCGAAAUUUAAUAGACUUCCUUAAAAUCAACGACGGAUCCGAUAAAGCGGAGUAUUUACCGUGUACACAGAGCACGGUGUGUGCCUAUUAUUCACGUGCUUUCAUUAACGAGUGACGAGAUAAGGGUGCCCCUUCCUCACGAGAUUUUCCGCGUGGAUAGCGAUCGCUAUAAAUCGAAUUACGAUUCGGUUCGCGGGUCGAGUACAAGACGAGCGUUCUCUUUGUACCAAUGAAUUUGGUGCUUCGUCGUUUGCAAAUCUCAUUCCUCGUCGAUCCUUGGUUUGAGGCCGACCAUAGUCGCGAAACUACCUGUGCCCUCGCGUCCGUUUGGAAAAACGUACGAUGGAGAAGCACGAAAAACUGCCGGCGGAGCCGGGAAAAUUGCGCCAGUUUCUUGCCACAAUGGUCGGUAAGUUGGAAAGAGGAAAAGGAGUUUUCUCAGCUCUUUCCCGUGAGCACAAAAGAUAUCUUCCAAUAAAUAGUACUAGUGUGAGGUAACGUGACCUUCCUAGUUGAAGAAGAGAAACUUCCUUCGUGAAGUCUUCCAAUGAUGAAUGCGACAAUUCCUUAAAAAAAAAGAAAGAGUUAUAAAAAAAAUUAAAAUAAAAUGUAUUGACAUUUUUAAACAAUUGACAUUUGAGCAAUGGUGCAAGUGACUCUUAUUGUUUUUCUUAUUCUAAGUAAAUUAGAUAAGCAACUUUGGAAAAUAAUGUGAGAAACAAAUUUCUUCCUCCAACUUCACUUGCAUAAUCAAUUGAAAGAUGCGCUGCUAAAAGAUAUAGUACAGCAUUGUUUUCGUGACUUGUGCAAGCAUUGCACUUAUUCUGACAAGGAUAGAAUCUAUAUUAAAGACAAAUGGAAGUUUCUAUUGGGGCUCUUCAAGCUUUAUGUAUUCCGUGACAUAUAUUCGCAGUGAACCAGUUGUCGCUGUCUUACGGGAUCGUGAUGGGAUGGCAGUCACCGUCAGCACCGCAGCUGCAAAGUCCCUCGCCUCCCAUGGGGAACGAGCCUAUGACAGAUAACGGCGUGUCCUGGUUGACUGGGACUUUGUGCCUAAGCGGUACCAUCACGACCGUGCUGUUGUCGGUGUUACCGGACAAGUUUAGUCGCAAGAGAUUCGGCUACAUGCUAACGUUGCCGAUGAUAAUCGCUUGGCUGUUGCUCAUCUUCACCAACGAACACGUGUACAUCUAUGUGUCGAGGAUCCUGAGCGGUAUGGCCGGCGGCGUCACGUUCUUCCUCGUAUCAAACUACGUGUCGGAGAUCGCAUGUGACAGCAUCCGCGGCAUGUUGGCGAGUAUCCUGGUAUUCUCGGUGAACUCGGGGAUAGUAGUGGCUUAUAUUCUGGGCGGCGUAAUGUCCUUCCGCGCCUUUCCUGUGGUCAGUGUAUCGUUAGCGGUUUUGUUCUUCAUCACUUUCAUCUUCAUGCCGGAGUCGCCGGUCUACCUAGUGCGUCGAAAUCGUAUGCACGAGGCAAUUAGAGCUUUGAAGUGGUUGAGAGCGGGAAACAGUCUGGUGGCAGAACGUACGUUAUCGCAAAUACAAUUGGAAGUUAAAGAGAACGCGUCCACGAAGCCCGCUAAGUUUUCGGAUUUAUUCAGAGACAAGGCAACGAUCAAAGGAUUGAUAAUUACCCUGGGUCUGUUCAUCGGCCAACAAUUUUGUGGAGUCUUUGCGAUGAUUAGUAACACGGAGACUAUCUUCAAGUUGUCCGGCAGCUCAUUAUCGCCGAACAUGUCGUCUAUCAUCGUGGGGACUAUACAGCUUGUCGGAUCAUGUAUAGCGAUGUUCCUGGUGGACCGUGCGGGCAGACGACCUUUACUCUUUUUAUCCUGCGCGGGAAUGUGCGCGUGUCACUGCGUAAUAGGCACAUUCUGUUAUCUUCAGAAUCUCCAAUAUGACGUGUCCAACUAUUCUUGGAUACCAGUGGUGGCAUUGUCCACCUUCAUGAUAACAUACUCUUUGGGGCUAGGCAAUGGACCCGUCGUGGUAAUGUCUGAGAUAUUCAGCCGUGACGUGACCAGCCUGGCCUCGACCGUAAUUCUCACCACAAGUUGGGGAUCCGCCUUCGUCAUAACGAAGAGCUUCACCGAUCUUGUUGCUUUGUUAGGCAUGCACGGCUGCUUCUUCUUCCUUGGCGCCUCCUGCGCGAGUACUUUUGUGUUUUGCUACGUGCUGCUACCGGAGACCAAAGGACGGUUACGCGAGGAUAUUGUAAACGAACUUAAUGGUGUGCAAUGUACAGAAAAUAAGAACAUCAAGCAUAUUAUUGGGACAGAUCCAGUGGAUGCAGCUUAUGUGUGAAAGUGUUACCUAUGUCUAAAAGUAAUAACACUGUAACAAAAAAAAUACCUUCAUCAUUCCAUUUCUCAUUAGACAUGUAAAUUUUAUACAUUCUGUACAUAGCUUCAUCAAAGUUUAUAUGUUGUCAGUUUUUUAAAGAUCAUUAUUAACGUCUUUUUUAACUAACAUUGUACAAUACAAGGAAUAAUUUUUCUUUAGUCCUUGUAUUCCAUUCUUAUUUUCAUAUUUCAUUUCAUUUAUUCGUUACUUAAAAUUUAAAUAUUUUUUCAAAUAUAUUACGUGUUCACUUGAAAAGAAUCAAAUUCCAUGGUCGAAAUGUCGUGAGAUUAUAAUUAUAAUAAAAAUUUGUAUUAUAAAGACAAAGUUAAAUAUGUAAAUUGCUUCGUUUAAUUAAAGAGGAGACGAGUCUUGCAUUAUUUACCUUAAUCGAUUCAAUGUCUGUUGAAAUUUUAUUUUAAUAUGAACUUUAUCAGAGAAAUGCACAAAUUUAUUUAAUUUUAUGACAUAUUAUUUCAAAUGUAUUUUAUAGCACACGUCAAAAAUUUUGAUAUAUGAUAUAGUGUAAUGAAUGUAUCAUUAAUAUUGAUACAUGAUAUAGCAUAAUAAAUUAAUCAAUAAUCUUGA